CUGUGGGUUUGUUUGAUGUGGAUUGUGGAUGUCAGUGACGAUGGUGCAAUACCACGAAUAUCCCAAGCACGAUAUCCACUUUGAGCCGACGACAAACGAGCCGUGAAUGGCCGCGUUGCGGUCUACGAUGGCACAUGGGUAUCUACGAUGUCGACAGUCGGGGCUCGGACAAUGUGGUUGAAGUUUUUUUCGAGAAAAUUCUUACGAGCACUUUGUUGCCUCUUUUGCGAAGAGUGGAGUGCCAUAAGCGCCAUUUGUCCAAGGGAAAAAGGACCCACGAUGCGCCUUUGGAUGGACAGCACUGGAGACAUCCUGGAGACAUCCCACGCUCCGGAACGAGAGUCCGGAAGUAUUACCUAACACUCCCGUUAACCGCCCUUCAGCACAUGGCCUCAUCGACAAACGUCUUUGGCCAGACCCCCAGCGGGCCAACGAUGAUGGGAUUCCGCCUCCAAUCGGGACGGAGAGAUCCUUCGGACGACGGAUGGGACAACCUUUUUUCCACUUCCAGGUCAUUCCCGAACCAAAAGGCGUCAUGCACACAUGGCCAUGCACGCACCCACAUGAAGGUGUAUAGACUUUGCAAGUCAAGCGCAAGACUCAUAUUAACUCACGCGCCCAGGGCGCCCAGCUGUUCUCAUGUACACCGCGCCCUGCAGGGCGCCUCAUGUCAAUGUCGCUAUUGCGCUAGGCGGUGGUAGGCCAUAGACGUGGACAACAACGCAUAUUACUUGGGCAUCUCCCGGUUCAUUGGCGACCAACCCAGAAGAGACAAGAGCUGACCAAGCUCUAUGUUG